GAUUGAAGGUCAGUGCGCAUGCGCUUUAAAGCGUAAGAGUACCUGCCAUGUUGAAAACAAAAUUCUGUGAUUACUAUUAACAUUUAAGGACUUUGCUGUUAUAAGGCACAGUUUGACGAAUUGCUCUAGCAUUUACAUAAACACUUUGAUUAGCACAUUCCUGAAGGUGAUUGUCCGAGCAACAAAACUGACAUUUUUCAGUGAAUUUGAAUGAUGUCCCUUUCGCGUGACAAAUCAAGUCUAUUGACAAGUUGACAUUUUUAGAAUUUUAUUCAGUGUUGGUGGCGCUAGGACAGUAUGCCCAUGGAGGGUCUCAAGCGACGACUCAGCUUUCGUAAGAAGAAGAAGGACAAGGUGCCCGAGUGCUCGAAGCCUCACCAGUGGCAGGAAGAUGAGAGGAAAGUGCGUGAAGGCACCUGCAGCUUUCAAGUCCGGUAUUUGGGAUGUGUUGAGGUGUUUGAGUCCCGGGGCAUGCAGGUCUGUGAGGAAGCUGUAAAGACGCUAAAAGCACAAUGCAAGGGGAAGUACCAACGUGCCAUCUUGUACGUGUCAGGAGAUGCCUUGAGGGUCGUGGAUGAGAUCAGCAAGAGCAUGAUAGUUGACCAGACGAUUGAGAAGGUGUCGUUUUGUGCACCGGACCGGAACCAUGAGAAGGGGUUUGCUUACAUCUGCAGAGACGGCACAACACGGCGCUGGAUGUGUCACGGCUUUUUGGCAGUCAAGGAAUCGAAAUUUUGGAAAUCCCAUAAAAUCAAGGGUGAGCGACUAAGUCAUGCAGUGGGUUGUGCAUUUGCCAUUUGCCUGGAGAAAAAACAGAAGCGUGACAAAGAGUCCACGACCAAUGUUGCCGUGACCUACAGUCAGGACCGGACGACCUUUGAGAGGAUGGGCUCCUUCCGUCAGACCACAAUGACUGAGCGUCUGACUGACCCACAAAGUGCAAUAUUAGCAGAGCCAGUUCCUGUGAAACGUGUUGAUAACCCCUUCGCGGUGCAGCGCCCCCAUGCUACCACAAACAUGCUGGUGCGUCAGGGGUCGUUCAGGGGCUUCACCAAGCUACAAGAGGCCUCGUCCCCAUUCAAGAGGACUGUGUCGCUACGUCUCAGUGAUCUGCCCUCAACCCUGCAGAGACAGAACGCCUUUGAGAUGUCACCGUCAAAAUCAGAUGGUUUGAACAACAAUGGGAUCAUAGAGGAGGUCCCAUCUCCUGAGAGUGAGGAUUCGAUAUCACAGAUGUGCCAGCAGUUGACCCAGGGCCUGUCUGCCAUGUCAGACAACCCUUUUGCCUCGGCCCAGGGCGCAGCCACCCAGCAGAAUGUGCUGGUCAAACAGCAGUCGAUGCCUGCCACAUUCCAUGCAACACCUCAAGUGAUGUCUGCCCCUGCACCUCCUGUGAACACCACCAACCCUUGGGCCCAGAUUCAGUCCCCCGCUGCCCCGUCAACCCCAGUGCGGUCUCACUCCAGUCAGGCACGGGCCUCACCAUCUACCAACCCGUUCUUGUUGUCAACGGACACAACAAACUCUGUUUCAAACACGGUAGGUUUAUCGCCAACUGUUACCAUAACCAAUCGGCCGUUACUGCAACAGCAUGGGAGGAGCCAUUCCAUAGAUUCCACCAACAACUCUUGGCAAACAACACCUCAGAACAGAAAUAAACAGACACUGGCAUCAAUGGGCCAACACCAGAGUUUUCAGUUGAAUGGUGGGCCAGAAAAUAGCUGGAAUCAAACUUCCGACUGGGCCACAGCUUUUGCUUCUUCUGCAUCGAGUACAGGGGUUUCUAAUUCUACUAACACAAACACUCAAGCCCUCGCUAAGCAGUCAUCGUCUAAGCCAAAUGAGGACAGUUUUGAUCCGUUUGAUGUAGCUUGGGCUGCAAAGAAUGUAGGCAAGCAGGACCUGGCUCCUCAACCUCAGAACAACAGUGUCGGCAAUCCAUUUGCAACGAAGACUGUAACGGCAUACAAAGUGGACUUGUGAUUCUCUCUAGUUAAAGUGUCCGAGAAGGAGGACUGUAAAUAACGUCUUGUUGUGGAAAGAAAGGGAGACGUUUUAAUGGGAAGACAGUUGGUAUAGUGGCUGGUGAUGUCAACAAAUAUAAGCUUCCUGUCUUGGUGUCGUAGCAAUAUAUACAAUAAAAUAGGUACUUGAACAAUGAGGUGCUUCAUUGAAUAAGUGGACAGAUUGCCACUGAAUUAAAAAGGGUGAUUAGGGAAAUGGGGCAUGUUUGCAGAAUUAUGUUGCCUUUAAAUAGAUAUUAGAUGGUGUAUAAACGUGUGGCUAAAUAUUAAGAGUUAAUGCAGAAGUGCAUAGCUUAAUUGUAGCCUAGAGUGAAGUAUAUGCACAACCAUUUUGUUUUUGUAUGGCAGAAAACUGAAGAUUACAGACAUUUAUCGAAAUAUACAUGCAAUUGUGUGUUAUUAUUUUUAUGAUAUCAUUGCCUUCAUCAUUUUGAUUUUAUUAAUAAUUAUCAUCCUUAACUGUAAAAGUUUUACAUUUUAUCAUAACAUUUCGUUUUACAUGGACACACUUCACAUCACAUCCCUUUUGUGUUACCGGUACAUUUUUAUCUUGAUUACGAUUUGCAUUUGUUUUUCUUUAAACAAAGUUGUGAUUUUAACAAUACAGGUAUGCUUGCAUUUGUUUACAUUGUACUAUUUGUAUAAAUGUUAUUAAGUGGACUUUUUUUAGUUAGUACACAAAUAUCAUAAUGUACCCUUCAAUUCUAACAAAUUUAUACCAUUCUUCUACUUUAACAGUGGAAACUUCAUUUUUGUCCAGAAGCUAUGUACAUGUAAUAAGAGGUCUCAAGCAGAUUUUAUAUUUUUGGUUAAGACAUUAAUACUAUUUUUUCAUUCUUGAUUGUUAUGAGGUUGUAUGUCGUUUUUGUAGGGCCACUUAUAACCUUUUUAAUUAAAAGAAGUAAUUUUGUAGUCUUUUGUGUUAUAUUAAAGACAGUUCUUUUUGUUAGUAUGAAAUGCUAGUGAUGCCCCUUGAUCUGUUUUUAUGCAAAUCUUAAAGUUUUACUAUAUUUGAAGUUAUGUGCAAGAUUGAUGUCAUUUACUACUUAAAAAUUGGCUAUGAAUUAAAUAGUUUUACUGAAUUUAAUUGUUCUGUUAAAGAUGAUCAUGUUUUGAUUUUUGAGAAAGUUUGUAAGCGGCUUCAGUAACAAUUAAAUCUUCAUAAAAAAGUUCAUAUAUUUUGGGCAAGUCUUAUGCCUGUAGCAUAGUUUUUUAACUAAAUGGAAGCCAAUGUUGUCGUAGAAUGUAGUUUAUUUCAGUGCGAGUUGGUGAAAUGUGAAAUUGAUAAUAUUUUUGAAAUGUUGUAGGCUUUUACCUUCAUCAAGUGUUGUGAUAAAAGAUUUAUUUUGUUCUGUUGAUGUGAUACAUAUUUUGUUUUAUAUACACACAUCUCGUAUGUAAUCAUUGAGUCAACGUUUACAGGAAUAGAUGUACAUAUCAGAUCAGUGUACAUACAUGUAUUGUAUACAUUUAGAUACUUAAAGGGUUGCUUUUGUUCGCUGCUUAGGUUUUUUUUUUAGCGUCUCAAAACCUUCUCAUCCAAUGUAAGGCACAUUAAUUCUUAAAUAUUUAAAGAUGCUGAAUCUUUAAAAUAAUAGCCUUUUUCUGCAACAUGGAUAUCUUGUUCAAAAGAAAUGCAUUACAAAUAACUAGUGGGUGUAUUGCAUUACAAAUAACUAGUGGGUGUAUUGCCUAUCAAUCAGGUCUUUUUUCUUGCAAAGUAAGAAGUAAGUGUUUUUUUGCUUUUUAGCUCACCUGAGCUCAAUGAUGAUCUUUUGUGAACAACUUUUGUCUGUUAUGUGGUGUGAACAUUUGCCUUGUCAACCCUCUAGAGGCCACAUUUAUUGUCUUAUCUGCGUAAAACUUGGUCAGAAAAUUUGUCUAAGUUAUAUCUUGGAAGAUUUCUAAAAUGGUUUUUGGUUGAUUUCAAAACAUGGCCCUCAGGGAGCAGGCAGUUUUCCUUAUAUGGCUAUAGUAAAACCUGUUUAACACUCUUAAAGUCACAUUGAUAGUUUGAUCUUCAUGAAACUUGGUCAGAAAAUGUGUUCUGAUAAUGUCUUGGGCUGCACAGAACAGGACAGUUCCUUUGUAAGUGGCUGUUUACCUUUCAGGCCGUUUUGUUUUAUUUUGUCAAGAUAGGUAUUGGUUUAUACUUUUGGAAUGUGAAACUGUGCCAAAAUCAUUCUGUUGAAAAUGAGAGAUAUCAACAUAUUUCUGAAAAGAUAUAGAUUCGGCAUCUUUAAACCCCUCACCUUAAUAAUACUAACCAUGCAACCACACUUUAAAUACAUCAUUAUACCCCCAUUACUGGUAAUGGUGGCUAUAUGGCAGUCACUUUGUCUGUCGGUCUGUCUGUCCUAAAAAUUUCAUCCGAUCUUCACCAAACUUGGUCAGAAGUUGUAUCAAGAUGAUGUCUAGGUCAAGUUUUAAUAUGGGUCAUGCCAGGUCAAAAACAAGGUCACUGGGUCACUUUGUGAGUUUUUAACCGAAAGUUUGUCCGGACCAUAACUAAGUCAUUUAGCUUUAGAUUUUAAAAUGACUUGGUACAAUUGUUCACUGUCAUUGGACAGUGUGUCGCGCGAAAGAAUUACGCCGAUAUCUCCAAGGUCAAGGUCACACUUUGAGUUCAAAGGUCAAAUGCUUGUCAUGGCCAUUACUUUGUUGUUUAUUGUGAGACUUAUUUGGCCUAUUUGUUCACCAUCAUGGGACGGUGUGUCACGCGAAAAAAAUAUGUUGAUAUCUCCUAGAUCAAGGUGUGAGUUCAAAGGUCAAAAAUGGCCAUAAAGGAGCUUGUCCGGGCCAUAACUAUGUCUUUCAUUGUUAGACUUUAAAAUCAUUCGGCACAUUUGUUCACCAUCAUUGGACUAUGUCGCGCGAAAGAAUUACAUGGAUAUCUCCAAGGUCAAGGUCACACUUGGAGUUCAAAGUUCAAAAAUGGCCAUAAAUAAGCUUUUCUGGGCCAUAACUAUGUAGUUCAUUGUGAGAUUUUAAAAUCAUUUGGCACAUUUGCUCACCAUCAUUGAACAGUGUGUCGCACGAAAGAAUUACGUCAAUAUCUCCAAGGUCACACUUUGAGUUCAAAGUUUAAAAAUAGCAAUAAAUGAGCUUGUCUGGUCAAUAACUGUUGUUCAUUGUGAGAUUUUAAAAUCGUUUGGCACAUUUGUUAACCAUCAUUGGACGGUGUGUCGCGCAAAAGAAUUAUGUCAAUAUCUCCAAGGUCAAGGUCACACUUUUAGUUCAAAGGUCAAAAAUGGCCAUAAAUGAUCUUGUCCCAGCCAUAACUAUUAACUAUGUCAUUCAUUGUGAGAUUUUAAAAUUACUCUGUAUAUUUGUUCACAAUUAUUGGACGGUGUGUCAUGCGAAAAAAUGUCGUCGAUAUCUCCAAGGUAAGGUCACACUUUGAGUUCAAAGUUCAAAAAUGGCCAUAAAUGAUCUUGUCAGGGCCAUUACUAUGUCAUUCAUUGUGAGAUUUUAAAAUUACUCUGUACGUUUGUUCACAAUAAUUAGACAGCAUGCAAAAUAGUCUGUGUAAAUGCUGCAUGUGGGGGUUAACAAAGGGGAUGACAAAGCUCUAGUUGUACAUGUACCCAUAAGUUACUUACACUAGCAUGCUUUCUACAAAGCCAGGUUCCCAUAUUCAACAACCAAUUAUUACAUUUAAUGCUAAGAAGAUGACAUAUUUUUUUAAUUGGUAGAUCAUAAAUAAUGUGCUUUUCUGCUAUGUCUGAGUUGACAUUGGUAAUCUUAAUUAAAUAUUUCUCAUAGAUGUGCUAAACAUAUUCCAUCAUGGUAGCUGCCAAAUAUGGAACCACUUCCUGGUUUUAAGUCUAUUUUGUUAUUCCUAACCAUAAGAAGUGUUGGUGGGCCCAGGAUUUUAGCUGAAUAUGGUUUAAGAUUUGAAAGUGUUCUGCAGAUGGCAGCUGUGUAUACUCUCAACAUAUUUUAAGUGAUCUGUAGCAACAUUUAUUUCAGACAUGCACACAAUAGGUUUCUGUAAUAUUAUAGUGUAUUUCUACUUAUUCAUGCACUAAAUCUUGGCUUCUACUGUGCUAUAUGAUCAGUCAUAUCAUAAAACGUCAAGCAACCAGGUGCUCGGAAGUUAGAUUGAGGCAUAUUUUUAAACAUAAUGACGACUGUAAGAGUUGAACGUGAAAGUUGUAUCUGCUUUACAUUUCUAUUUCAAUCAUGUACAAAAGUAUCAAGGCUUUGCUUAAUUAGGAAUAAACAUAUUGCAAUUGCCUUUAGAUCAAUACCUUCAUCAAGGAUAUAUGAUAUCAUAAAUACUCCAUAUUGCAAAUUAAAUGGAAUACACUUGUAAAGUUAUUUUUAACUGUUUUCUAACAUAAUUGCAGCUUGUUUUGAUCAAUAUGAUCGAAUUAUUUCAAAUUUAAAAUAACUGUUCCACAAAUCAUUUAAUGUUUCUUUAAUUAAAAGUACCUCAAACAGCAUUUCACAUUACACUGAUUUUAUGUUACAAAUUUCAUAUUCCAUUUUCAUAUUACUCGUCAUUGUAUGCUUUCAAUGAAUUUCACUAACCCCUUGCUGCUUAUUUCGUCCCUCAUCCGCUAUGUAUGUAAAAGUUCUUGUCACAAAAAUUCUUCAGUGCGAUACUACAUGUAGUACUGUGCCUAUUCAGUUGAUUAAAUCCUGUUUAAUCCUCAGUUUUGUAUACAGAUUUUUUGUAAUGGAAAUAGCAAGAUCAUCAUGAAAUUUGUUACUGGUCGAGAGCCCAGUUUUGAGAGUACUAGUAUUUAAGUGACCUCCUUUAAAGGAUAACCUGUUGACUUUAAAGUCACGCAUGUUUUCAUGAUUUAUUUAGCUCAUAUUUUAAUGACAACUUAUUUGCAGCUCUUUUGGAAAACUCUAGGACUUUCCUUAAAAUCAUAUAAUCCCUUAAAUUAUUUUAUUGACAUUUAGUGCGUGUAUGUCAGGUAGACAGGUAGCUAGGUUUUAGUAAGAAACGUUGAUGAUAAUCUGGUUGGUGGACAAUACAAUUACUUGCAAGCUUAUUCUUAUUAUAGUUUUUACUACUUGUGUGUUUUAUGUCAAAUUAUGAUAACAGAAAGGUUGCUUUAUCUUUUAUCAUUUUAUUGUAGCCUCGUCUUAUUAUAUUAUAUAUCAUUUUAACAUGUGAAAGUAAACUUUUAAAUACA